CGCCACGAUGCGCUGCUCACGCAGCAGUUCCCGGUCCGCCCCAGAUCCCAGGCCCAUGCCUUCGACCGCGUCAUGGCCAUCAAGCUGUUGGAGGAGCACCUCAUCCCGCGCUGCGUCGAGUGCCUCGCCAGAGGCAAGGCCCCCAUCCCCGGCAAGACCCCCGACUCCUCCACCUCCUAGCGGGACAGCAGCCCCGACAGGGACGACCCGGACCCGGUCGCGGCCGCCACCGAGGCCCUCGCCAAGGUCGACCUCUCCGUCGACCCGGACACCACCGCCACCGCCAAGUCCGGCUCCAGCAAGCCCCGUCGGGCAGCCAGAGGCGGCGGCGGUGACGUGGGCAAGUCGCUCGACUACCUGUACCGUGCGUGCAGGAUCGCUCGCCGUGAAGCACAUCGACAUCACCGUCUUCGUCCUCUCCCUCUUCAUGGAGCCCAAGAAGCUCGCCAGCCUCGCCGAGUGACGCGUACGUGAGUCAUCUUGCUCUGUUAUGUUUCUAGCCAUUGAGGAUUUACUGCUAGUAGUGCGUAGUGGUUUGGAUGAGUGAUUUGGGUAGUCGUUUAGUUCAAUAGAGGUUCAGAUGAGAGAUGAGCACUGUGUUCUGUACUUCUGAUUGCAUUAUGUGGCACCGAAUGGUUGUUGCCUAGCUUGUCCAGUACGACUUGGAUGAAUUUUUGUGCGAAUUUGAUUGAUCUUCUUGUGCUCUGUUCCAACUGUUUGUUCAACUUCUGUUGUUGCUUGUGCUAAUUUUUUUCCUGCAUGCAUCAGUUACUGUUUAGAUGGCUCAAUUCACUUCCAGUUUUUACUCUGAAUCAUCCUAUGCAUAUAAGGAAUGUUGUUCAGUUGUUAGAAUUAUGUUUGAAAAGCAUGAGCGUUUGAUGAACAGGACCGGAUGCCACAAACUCACUGCAAUGAUCAUUUCGUUCUUCUAUUAUGAUAUUCUCCGAAGUACUGCAUAUUUAUGUGUUUUGUCAGUCCCCUGGAGGUCCUGCAGGCGGUGCUGGAGUUGCAGGAGGUGGUCGUGGUGUCCUGCGGGCUAAAUUGCUAACUGAAUGUCUUUGUCAGUCCCUUUUCGGUUAUGGCUCAUGAACUUAAUUGCAGUGUUCAUCUUGUUUCUGAUCUGUUAAGAUGUGCAUGAUUGAUCGAUUGCAUGUUCUGUUUUUGCACCGUGGAUCAUGUAGGACGAAUGUCAUUCAGAUACAGGAUCAGCCUUACUGAAAACUCUUUGAUAUUCUCGCCUUUUCGGUUUUGACUGAUGAACUCACCUCGGUUAAAUUCUAGCUUAUGACAGAAAUGUUGGUAGCUGCGCUAAGCUUCAGGAUUUUAUCAGUACUUAGGAUUGAUCAACUACAGAACCUGACUAAAGUUACCUUUAAUUGUGUCCCAUCAAACAGUUUUUGGAGAGUUGGUUGCUGGGCUAAGUUAGUUUCUGUUGGUUGCUAGGCAAUUUCCUAGUUGUGUCUGAUCAAGCAGUUUUCUAGAGUUGUGCAAAUGCAACUUAAUGUUGGUCAGGUUCUGUAGAAUUAUGCACUGAUAAACUUGUCAUCAUACAUGGUCUUUAUUUAUCGUGUUACCACUCUCGUUUAAAUGCAUUUGUUUUUGAAGACAAGGCAGUGAAAGGAGGUGCAGAGUAACAUGUUUCAGACUACAUGCAUGUUAAGUACACAAGCCCUACAUGCAUGUUAAGUACACUAGCCUCGGAAUAACACCUGGGGUGCUAUCAUCAGCCGAGACGACUGAUGAUUCAGUCAGCGACAUUGGCAGCAAGGCAAGCCUGCUGCUCUUGUUGAGCUGCUCAGCGAGGACGCCGUCGUCGGUGAACUCCAACCACCUGAUGCUUCCCUCCGAGGAGCACCCAGCCGACGGCGGGAGGUGGAUGGAGGCUCAGAGGGUGAGGAACGUCCUCCUGAAACUGCUACAGCUGAUGGAUCAAAGGUGCAACCGGUGCUUCGACGACAUCCAGACGACGGCUUACAAGUUCAGCAGCAUGGUGGCGUAUCCAGGCGGCGCGCCUCCGCCGCCGCCGUUCGCGCAGCGCGCGCUCCGCGGUGUACCGGAGGCUGAGGAAGCAGACCCUGAUCGUGGCGGUGGCGCAGAAGUCCGGCGGCUCCCUGUGCCUGACAGAUUUAAUUCAAGUGAAGGUGAGUGCGGGUUAAAUUAGGAAAAAUGGCAGGUUUUUUUUGCAAAACUGCAUGCGUAGACUGGGCCAGCCACCUGGCUGCCAAGUGUCGUUCUCUGAUUGGCCUGAGACUAAAACAUCACAUGAGGUGCAAGUUGGGGUAUGAUUGGGUUACAUUUUGCAAGUUUGAGACUAAAUUAUCACAUUGUGUGCAAGUUACGGUACCUGGGUGCUAUUACCUCAUUUUUUGGCAGAGUGUAUAUGGAGAUGUAUUCCAUCAGAUUCGGC